AUGACCGGAUCCUACGUGCGGCAGGUCACCGCCAAGCCGAAGCCACUGCCCGAGGAGAUCCGUUUCGACGGUAAAACCGCCAUAGUAACGGGAGCAAACGGUGGCCUCGGACUGGAAGCGUCCAAGGAGAUGGUUGCCCAUGGCCUCUUGCGCGUCAUCCUCGGCGUCCGGAACAUUGCGAGCGGCAAUGCAGCAGGGGGUGACAUCUUAGCCUUCUCCCCGAAGUACGAUGUAGAAGUUUGGGGGGUAGACUAUGAGUCUUUCUCCGGCAUGAUGGCUUUUGGUGCUCGAGCAUCGAAGCUCAAUAAGUUGAGCAUAGUCAUACUGAAUGCAGGUAUUAAGAUAAUGGAAUUCAGCCAGUCGAAUACGGGCCAUGAGAUCAACGCGCAACGUACCGCCGAGGAAAUGGGUGCCCCAUCUCGACUCACCUUCGUAACGCCGGAGGUACAAUUCUGGACGCCUUUCAAGGAGAAGAAUGCGACAUCAAUCUUGAAGCGGAUGGAUGAGGAUGGCUCUUUCAACAAGUCUAAUGCAAUCGAAAGAUACAGCACCACCAAGCUUCUAGGGGUCCUAUGGACACGAGAAUUGGCCAAAAAGGUUGACGAGAAACAAAUCUCCAUGAACUGCGUUAACUCUGGAACUUGCUCGACUUCGCUAUACCGCGCGGAUUCCACACCUGGCAUCAGUCCCUAUUGA